AUGUCUCGUAAGUUGGACAGCAGCCCAGUUCAGACACAGAUGGCAGUGGCAGCAGUCUUUAAGAGUCCUCUCAGCAGGGAGAUGAUGGAUGGGAAACACUCUCAGCCUUCUGGGAGGAGGCGAGUCUUUGUGCAAACCGAGACCGGUUGUGUUCUGGGGAUGGAGUUGGAUCGAAGUGACAAUGCCCAUACUGUGAAGAGAAGGCUUUCAAUUGCCCUCAAUGUUUCAACCGAGGAGAGCUCGCUGACUUUUGGUGAUAUGGUGCUGAAAAAUGACCUCAGCGCUGUUCGAAAUGAUUCGCCUCUCCUCUUGACUCGGAACCAUCUGCACCGAAGCUCAUCGACUCCGUGCCUCUCUCCAACUGGGAAGGACAUUCAGCAGAAGGAUAAGAGUGCUCUCAUCGAGGUAUUAGGACAUUCAGAAAGCUUUUCCAAGAUGAAACAUCUGGUUAAAGACAGUGUGAAGGCGAUAAAGAAUGGGAUUGAUCCCCUUCCUGUUCAUGGUGGCCUGGGAGGUGCAUACUACUUCCGGAACACCAGAGGCGAGAGUGUUGCCAUUGUGAAGCCAACUGACGAGGAGCCUUUUGCUCCCAACAACCCCAAAGGCUUUGUUGGAAAGGCUUUAGGGCAACCAGGUUUAAAACGUUCGGUUAGGGUUGGAGAGACGGGGAUCAGGGAAGUUGCAGCUUACCUUCUUGACCACGACCACUUCGCCUGUGUGCCACCUACUGCUCUGGUGAAGAUCGCUCACAACAGCAAGAAACCAGUCAUCAGCAAGAUUGCUUCUUUCCAACAGUUCAUUCAACACGAUUUUGAUGCAAGUGAUCAUGGAAGCUCCAGCUUCCCGGUUUCAGCAGUACACCGUAUUGGUAUAUUAGACAUUAGGAUUUUAAACACUGAUAGGCAUGGUGGGAAUCUCUUGGUGAAGAAGUUUGAUGAUGGUGUUGGUAGAUUUGGGCAAGUGGAGUUGAUUCCAAUUGAUCAUGGUCUUUGCUUGCCUGAGACUCUGGAGGAUCCAUAUUUCGAGUGGAUUCAUUGGCCACAGUCCUCGAUUCCUUUCUCGGAGGAUGAGAUUGAGUACAUUGCAAAGCUUGAUCCGGUUGAAGAUUGCUUGAUGUUGAAGAGAGAGCUUCCCAUGAUCCGAGUGGCAUGUUUGAGGGUUUUGCAUCUCUGCACCAUUUUCCUCAAGGAAGCUGUCAACUUUGGUCUUUGCCUUGCUGAGAUUGGUGAGAUGAUGAGCAGGGAGUUUCGAGCAGGGGAGGAGGAACCGAGUGAGCUCGAGGUUGUGUGCAUGGAGGCAAGGAGAGCGAUAGUCGAGAGAGAGGUAGUAUCUCCUAGAGCUGAUGUGGCAGGAGACCCAGAGUUCCAAUUCGAUAUUGACUGUGAGGAAGUUGACCAUCACUUUGCUGCAAAGAUGACAGCUGACGAGUACAUGUCAAGACCGGUAUACCAGUUUGGAAUUGGUAAUGGGAUGGGUCGAAGCAUGCUCUCGAAGCUGGAUGAAAGUAUCGAGGAGGAAGAAGAGGAGAGUGGAGAGGAACGUGGGAUUCUGCCUUCUGCUCCAAUGAAGUUCCCUUCCAUUUCCAUGCUUUCUGCUUCUCUUAAAGAUACCAAGCUGAGUGACAAGAGUCAGAAGUACCCUAAGUUCUCGGGCGAUAAGCCGGAGAAUGGGUAUCUGAUGAAUUCUUCAUCGGGGCAUAGGAGUGCGAGCGAGCAGCUUCCUUCGAGUGCGAGCUUUGUGAAGCUUGCUGAUAUGCCCGAUGAAGAGUGGGGGGUGUUCUUGGAUAAGGUCCAGGAGCUGCUGUGUCCAGCAUUCGAGAAGAGGAAAUCAGUGACCAUAGGGCAGAGGCAGAGGCUUGGGACUUCAUGCCAGUUUUGA